CCCUCCUGGAUGGGGAUGUUGGCUGCUCUCUUCGGGUCUCGAAGGGCAUAUCCCCAACUGCGGUGGUGAGACGGUGGGGCUCGAGAUGUGGACGGGGAUGGGGAUAGGGAUAGGUUAAACGAUACUGCAAGGUGGAGGCCACCCCCGACGGCCGCGUCCUCUGCGGCUGGAACGCGGCGGGCGCCAAGAAGACGGGGGGGCUCUGCGACUGGCUGCUGCAGAGCGGCUUCUGGCGGGUGGUGAAGCGGCUCCGGGAGGUCAAGCCCGACCUCAUCAUCGACAUCAGUGUCUACGAGGUCGCCGUGGCCAAGGCUUGGCCCGCGGACUCGGUGCGGAACCGCAUGGCGGGCCGCCCGCUGUAUCCAUCCACGCUUGGCAAUUGCCGCGUUGUCUUGGUUGAGGUCGCUGCAGACCUCGACGAGAUGUGUAAAACCCUGGGGCUCCCCGACUAUCGGGGUAACCAUGGCUGUCUGCGCUGUUUUUCGCAUAAAGAAACAUUCGCAGACCUGGGGGCGCCCCUGCGCAAACGGAAGCACCAGUGGCUCUUGGACACUGCUCGGACGUCGCUGUCCUUCCAUCGAGUGAACGAUGAAGACGUGGAGGAACUGCGCGACAAUACUUGCAUCAAGAGGAAAAAAGGCGGCGUCGUGGUCACAUCCUUGAUGAGGGACACGUUUCCGUUGCUGAAGCGGGGCGACCGCGUCGAGCCUGUUCUCCCAGGACAGCCAGAUGUCUGGCACGGUGAAUCUUGCAGGGACUACGCGCCGAGGGAUCGACGCAUGAUGGUGUACAGGCGCCCUGCGAACAGCUUGCUUUUUAUCAACCGACUCUUUCACGUGCCAGGCAUACAGCCUGGCAUCCCAGGCCUGACGAUUGACCACUUCUUGUUUGACUCAAUGCAUUUUGCUGAUCUGGGAAUAUUGCAUUACUAUAUGGGCGCAGUGCUGUGGAGAUUGAUUGAUUUAGGGUUCUUCGGCGAGUACUCGCCGAACGACCAUGACGAAGUUGACAAUGCAAUGAACGAGGCCCUGAAAAAAUGGUAUAUUAGAUUCCAAGUUCCUUCUGCGGAUCGCCAGUUGGGACUUAGCUCGAAGAUGUGCGGUUCUAGAGAUGACCCCCUGCUGAAAUUGAAAGCUGGCAAAUCACGGAAACUUCUGCCGUUCCUCGUGCACCUGCUGCGGGACCAAGGCGGCCAGGAGCUGCUGGACGACGAUGCCCCCGCGGAAGCCGAUGGCUCCAAGUUGCUCGCCGUCGGGGCUGGACUGAUGGAGUACUACGACAUACUGCACGGCCAGCCCCGUAGGAUGGACGAGCUGGCCGUGGUGCAUUUAGAACACGUCGUGAAGAGCACGAUGACUGCGUGGAUUGCCUCGGGCCGCAAGGUUGUGAUGAAAUUCCACAUAUUUGCGCGGCACAUUGCCAGCCAGGCCCGGUGGGCUGGCAACCCUGGCUAUUCGCACAACUACAGAGACGAAUCUGAAAAUUUCGGCACACGCAAGAGGUCGACGAAUAUAAACCGUGCGAAGUUUGCAGAGAAUGCGGCAGUGAAGUGGUACAUGCAGUACCUCCUGAUGCGCAAAUGA